AUGGAGGGUGUUCAGACUGUGGAUGUGAGCUGGCUCCAUCAUUCGCAAAAAGGCAAGUCGCAACUCCCGCUCCGCUCAGUGUGCUGGCGGCCCGCGGGUACAUCCCCGGGCGCGGAAUCCGGUCCCCCUCUCGUCGGCAGUUGGGCAACAACUGACUUGCUCUUUCUAGAUCAUCUUUCACGAACGAAGUCAGUUUCGUCGACUAUAAGCGACAAGUCCUCGACUGAUAAAGGCUCGACGACCUCCACCCCAAACUCUCACCGAAGAUCUCGUUCGAAUAGUAGUCCGGCUGUCCCACCUUCGGAUAAACUGCAACCCAAGCGCGAACCUCAAAACAAUGCUGGAAAAGUAGAAGAGAAACGAGAGACAGCCGAGAAGACUGCAGAGCCACCGAAGCAGCCGCCAUCGACCCCGACCCCGGCAGUACAAAAGAGUAGCCCAAAGCCUGUCGGCGGGCGGCGAAAUUCGUGGAUAUCUAGUCUGAGCUCGAAAUUUUCCUCUGGGUCAACACCUCCGUCACAGUCUAGUCUGAAGGGAAGUCCUGCAAGUCCCAAGGCAACUUCUCCCCUUGAUGCCCACAACCCCUUUGGCGCAGCCUAUUCACCCAAGGACCGCGAAGAAGAGAAGAAAGAUGACCCCAGUCUAUCUAGCUCUACUUCGCCAAAGGGACCCUCCUUCAUCCAUAAUGCGUUGCGCAAGUUUUCAUCAAGCUCUGGAGGCCUCCCCAAGCUACCUCCCAAUGGUGUGAUUUGUCCGCGACGGGUGAUGAACCUUGAUGAAAGUCGAGACCGGUGCAAAAUUACGGAAUUAAACCAAGCAAAGUUGAACCGGGUGGCAUUCUGUGUCGAUGUGGAGAUUGCAGGCAUUUCACAUCGAGAUUCUGAUGAGGAUGCGCCUCCGACGAACCAACUGCGACAGCCUCUACCCGAGUCCAAUCGCCAAAAGUCGAAAAAGGCUGAUGUCAAGGAAAAGAGUAAAGAGGAGACUGGAGCGUCGAAGACACCUCAACCUGCCGUGACUGAAAAGGAAGCACCACUCCCGCCAAUCCCUAAGGAGAAUGCUUCCGUGGAUGCUCAGUCUACAACUCCUGCAACCGAGGUGACUACCCCGAAAGCUUCAGCCGAUGCAAAGCCCAAUGGUGAAACCAAGGACCCGACACGUAAGCAAGAGAAGAAGAAGCGCUCGGAGGAAGAAAGAAGAGAACGCAAGGAACGUAAGCGCAGGCAGGCUGUUGCCAAUGGUUCGAUCCCGUUGCAGCUCGAUGGCGAGAAUGACGAGGACGAGAGUCGGACCCCAGCGGCUGGUGUUUCUCGUUCGAAAACUCAGAGUCACCCUACCACAGAUCCUGUGCGCAUUUACCGCCGCUGCUGUCAACUACGUGAAACCCCAGUUCUCAAGAGGAUUGUUGAUGAAAUUUCGUCUCCUUCCUCAACACUGGCCGAGUCUCCGGGUACUGUCGCGGCAUUGGAUCUGAGUAACUUUCCGAUGACUGCACAAGAUAUUGCAACCUUCAGCGAUUGGCUCGCAGUUGUGCCCGUGCGCAAGCUUAUUCUGGAGAAUUGUGCCCUAACUGAUGACUCUGUGCGAGCCAUCCUCUCCGGGCUUCUUUCUACCAAGACGGUUGAACAGAUGCGAUACCGGCGGAGACGGGCCCGGAAGCCAGACUCGCCUGUCGUUAAAGACGUGCGAUGGGGCGUUGUGGAAAAGCUCUCGCUCAAGAAUAACCCAAAGAUUGGGCGUGAAGGAUGGCGCCACAUCAGUCUGUUCAUCCAUUUGUCCAAAUCCUUAAAGGCCAUUGACCUGUCCGGUGUUCCUUUCCCCAAGCCCCGAUCAUCGUCUGAUAGCUCUACCGGCUCUACAGGGCAGCCUCAGGCGCCCUGUGUCGAUGUCUGCACUAUCUUUGCCGACGCGCUGGGAGAACGCUUUGGUGGUGAGCAUCUUGAAGAAUUGUUGCUUAGUGAGUGCAUGCCGUCAAUGGAUCAAGUGAAGAAGAUCUGUGUUGCCGCCACCAAAAUGAAGUUGCGAAGACUGGGUCUUGCGAACAAUGGUAUUACUCGAGAAGGCCUCGAACAUGUGAUUGAGUACCUCAAAGAUGGCUAUUGUGAAGGAUUGGACUUGGGUGGAAAUCUCAUCAAGGACGACCUCGAUCUCAUCAUCGCUGCCAUUGAGCCCGAGCUGCCUCUCUUCGCACUCAGCCUUGCCGAUUGUUCCUUGACACCAGCUGUGAUCUGCCCGUUGCUCCAAGCUCUCACCAGACUUCACAAUCUUCGCUUCAUGGAUGUUUCUCAUAAUCUCGCACUGUUUUCAUCGCAACCGAGCUCCCUUGGAGCGUUCCGACGAUUCCUGCCGAAGAUGCCUUCCCUCAAGCGCAUCCAUCUGGCAGACGUUGAUCUUUCACCGGAUCAUGUAAUCGGUCUGGCCGAAGUUCUCCCAGAAUGUCCCAGCCUCUGCCAUCUCAAUAUUCUGGAGAAUCCCCAGAUUGCAGCUAUGGCUUCCAGUACGGAUGCUGCUGCUCAAGAGGAGGCAUGUGCAGUCUAUGCUUCUAUGAUGGCUGCUGUCCGCGUUUCGAGAACGAUCAUCGCAGUGGAUAUUGAAAUUCCCACCGCAGAGACCAAUGAAGUUGUCAAGGCUCUGGCGUCUCAGAUUGUGGCAUACUCUCUUCGAAAUCUCGAGGGCGGUGCAAUCGCAGAAGAACUUUCUGAAUCGAUUACCACCUCAUCCUCUAGGGAUGUUCCUGUGCCUGAUAUCUUGCAACAUAUCGUCGGUCAUUCAAACGGCCCUGAAGAGCCUUGUGACGAGGAAGAUGAUGCAGCUCCGGACGAGGACUAUGUCAUUGGCGGUACUGGUGUCGUUAAGGCGCUAGGUGUCUGCCUUGGCAAUUUGAACCAAGAUGGUAGCGAUGCUCUUGCAGACCAGUCAGCUCCCCCUAGUGGCACCACGACUCCUAGACGCCGCAAGUCUCGAGGCGUCGUUGCAAAGCGGCCUCGUGAUAUGUCGAAGAACCUGUUGGAAUCGGCACGAAACAUUCGGGCUCGUAUUCAGACAGCCCUUAUCCGCGAGGACCGAGCUGGCAAUGAUGCAAACUAUAGGCGUCUGCAAUUCUUGGACUUUACUCUCCAUAGGAUGAUUCAACGCUUCGAAGACGAGUACCCCGAGACUCGUAUCGUCCCUCAGCCUGCUCCUGCAUCAAUCGCCCCCGACAACACCUCACAGCACUCUGGAGAGGAUGCAACCGGACCAAGCAUGGUCGGCAACUUGAAUGGAAGUGCCAUUGAUAACGAGAACGCCAUCGAUGACGAAGAAACUGACCACUACGCCAUUCAUCUCUCCCGAACCAGCUCCAUAACCUCGCUCCAUGCUCGUGCCAUGACAUCAGAAGAAGGCCAUGUUCACCGACUAGGCCAGAACCUCCGUCGUGACUUCCUCAACCCGCCACUUAGCCAAGGCGACCCGGACGAUGACAAUGCUGCGCAUCUCGUCGCUCUACGAGAAAAACUGGAACGUCUGCACGAACAACAAUCCCAGUCACCAUUCGACAGCGCCGAAGCCGAAGAGGCUUUCGAAAAGCUCGGUUCAACCGUCGAAGAGCUCUGGGAUGCUCAACGGCAGGACGUCGAGGGCUUUGAGCGCUUCAAGCAAUCCCAGAUUGCGGCACAGAUUAACAGUGGUUUGCGCCUGGCUGCAUCUAUGCCUAGCGCCAGCAACGGGGAGUCCAAGAAGACCCCCAGUAACGAUACUCAGCAGAGCUCUGAGAGCAAGUCUCUCACACCUCCUUAA